AUGGCGGAGGCCGAGCUGUACUCGGUGUAUAAAGGUGUGUGCGUGCGAAGGACCUGCAUCCUCAGAAAGCCUGAAAUACUGCGAGGACUUCGCUUUCCGUCAGGCAGCGUCCUGAUCGUCACUUACCCCAAAUCCGUGCCAUGGCUGGAGGAGCACCGGGCCAUCCUGCUCGGUCUGGAGCAGAGACCUUCUCCGCGCGUCUUUGCGACUCACUUCCAUCGCCACAUGAUGAGCGAGUCCUACUUCAAAACCAAGCCCAGGGUUCUCUAUGUCAUGCGUAACCCGAAAGACGUGUUCACUUCCUCGUUUCACUACUACGGAAUGGCCUCGUACCUCGUGAACCCAGGGAGCCAAGACGAGUUCAUGGAGAAGUUCCUCGACGGGACAAUCAUAUUCGGCUCCUGGUUUGAUCACGUCAAAGGCUGGAUCGGUGCUGAAGAACAGGAAUCCAUACUGCACAUAUUCUACGAGGAGAUGAUCGCUGACCUGAAAGGCUCCGUGGAGAAAAUCGCCAAGUUUCUCGGAAUCGCCGGUGACUGGAAGAACCAUUUCACCGAAGCCCAACAGCAGCGAUUUAAUUCGGUAUACAAAGACAAGAUGAGAGACGUGAAAUUCAAAUUCACGUGGGACUGA